AUGGCUCCUAAGGUCGGUAAGAAUCGAAAAUUAAGACGACCAGACAGAUUCAAGUUCAUUCGGGAGCUUUUGCUGGCCGAACUCGAGCCCACAGAUUGCAGGCGAGACAUACCCUCUACCGGCGAUGAGCGUAAAGAUAAAGAGGCUUUCGAGAAAGCCGAACAAAAGGAUGAAGAAGAAGCCAAACAUGAACUGGAACAGAUCUUGAACAUGCUCCGACUCUUUGCGCACAUGGAGAAGCUGAUGGCAUUCUCGCUUCUAGCGUGUUUGAACUGUUUUCUGUACUACUUCACAGUAUUUCCUGCACGUCUGAUCUAUAGCUGUUUCGGCGAAAGGAAAGUGCAGCAAACUCGAAAAGAGUUCAUUAUGCUGCUCGUGAUGACCUGUGCGUCCGGCAUCCUUCUGAGAGUAGACACCUCGCAAGUAUAUCAUAGAAUCAAGGGCCAGAGCGCUAUGAAACUGUAUAUGAUGUUUGGUGUCCUAGAUAUGUGCGACAAAAUGUUAUCGUCUUUUGGACAAAGUCUACUUUUGGUCGUGGGCUCCAGGAACCGCUACAAAAAAGGGUCGGCAGCGCUUCAGACACUGGCUCUUUAUAUAUGCGCUAUGGCAUAUCUAACCUUCCAUGGGUUCAUUCUCAUGUAUGAAACAAUUGCGCUCAAUGUGGCCGUGAAUUCAUACUCCAACUCGCUUGUGACGCUGCUGCUAUCUAUGCAAUUUGCCGAGAUCAAGGCCAGCGUCUUCAAACGUUUUGACAAAGAAGGUCUUUUCCAAAUUACAAUAGCAGACAUCAUAGAAAGAUUCCAAAUGGUGAUUCUUCUAACUAUAAUUGGUAUUAGAAACCUGAUCGCGUCAAUGUCGUCUUUUUCCACUGAUUGUCCAUAUUCUUGGUCCUGGAGCUCAGCGUCCUCCACAUUCGUGCGCUCUCUGUGUGGCCCGGUUAUCACCGUGAUAGGAAGUGAGAUCUUUGUUGACUGGGUUAAGCAUGCAUACAUUACAAAGUUCAAUCGCGUGAGACCUCAAAUGUACGGAACAUUUUUGAAAAUAUUAUGUGCCGAUCACACUCAUAAUCUCCAAAGGUUUCAGUCCCGGCUUGGACUUCCAGUACCUGCCUUGGUGGUUCUUUUCGUUGUUAUGAUUAGGCCUGCUCUGGGGGUGGGACUCAGUGAAAUAUCAAAUUCGGUCAUCCGCACCUUUUCCAUCGUCGCUAUGAGCUUUGUGUGUUUACUACUUUCCGAGUUUGUUCUACAUCUCGCUUUGAGUAAAUGGUCUCAAGCGUUACAGGCUCACAACGGAGUCUGCACUUUUGCCGUUAACGAAGCAAUGUAUGUUCCAGGACUGCCGUCAAGUGGGUAUGGAAAGAUUGAUGAGAAAACAAGGAUGCAAGUCCAUACGUCUGGAUGCGACGACGUCAGCCAAAAUCAAUCAAGGCUUCCGUCUAGUCUGGUUGAGAAGCGUGUACAACACGAUUCCAAACGCAGUCUUAAGAACGUGUCACGAUACAAGAUGGUGUCUAAGCGUAUUUGGUAA